AUGUCUCAACCAUGCUCGAUAGAGAAAUGCACUCUGAAAUCACGUGCACUUUGUGAUUGUUGCCAGCAGAGUCUUUGUCUAAAACAUUUAAAUGAAAAUAAUGACGUACUCGUAUCCAAGUUAAAUUCGUUGUGUGCUGAAAUAAAUGUGCUUGAAGAUCGUUUCAAUACGCUAAGCAUUGAGACUAUAAUUGGCGCAUCUCGUGAAAAACUUGAGCGAUGGCAUAAACAUUGUCGUGAGAAAAUUGAUUUGUUCUUUGAAAAACAAUUGCAAGAGUUCGAUGAAAUUAUUCGUCCAGAGGGUAGCUACCUUUCAUUAGCUGCUAAUGAUCAAUACCUCUUGAUAAAGCACGAUCCAGAUUUAACUUUUCAUGAUCGAGAAAUGAGUCUAGUGAAAAAAACCCAAUGGACUCACGGCAAAAUACGUGAAAUGUGUUGGUCGUCAACAUUAAACAAAUUUAUUAUACUUGGUGUCGACAGCAUCUUUCUUUUGGACAAAGAUAAAAUGCCCAUAGAUAAUGUUUAUACAAUUGAAGGACGCACGUGGCUAUCAUGCACCUGUUCUAACGCAAUUCUCUAUGCACCCACCGACGAAUGA